GGGCGUGGAAGGGGAGGGGGCUGAUGGAGAAAGAAUGGCGGUGCUUCCGUGCCUGGGGCAGCGCUCCCCUCCCGUCCCGUCCCGUCCCGUCCCGUCCCGUCCCGUCCCGUCCCGUCCCACAGCGCUGCGGGAAGCGAUGGCAGCGGCUGCAAUAGAGCACGCUUUGCUUACUGCAAACUCCGCGUCUUUACGAUGGGCAGCGGCUUGGCAGGAUGGGCAGAGAAAGAAAUCGAAGGAGUCCCGAAGGCGUGUGACUCCCUGAAGGGUCGCACUCCCUGCGCUACUUCCUGACCGGGAUGACGGAUCCCGGCCCCGGGAUGCCGCGGUUCGUGAUCGUCGGGUACGUGGACGACAAAAUCUUCGGUAUCUACGACAGUAAGAGCAGGACUGCACAGCCCAUCGCGGAGAUGCUGCCGCAGGAGGACCAGGAGCACUGGGCUGUGCAGACCCAGAAGGCCCAGGGCGGUGAGCGGGAUUUUGACUGGUUCCUGAGCAGGCUGCCGGAACGCUACAACAAAAGUAAAGGGUCUCACACGAUGCAGAUGAUGAUCGGCUGUGACAUCCUGGAGGACGGCAGCAUCCGAGGGUACGAUCAGUAUGCAUUUGAUGGGAGGGACUUCCUCGCCUUUGAUAUGGACACGAUGACGUUCACCGCGGCGGAUCCAGUGGCAGAAAUCACCAAGAGGAGAUGGGAGACAGAAGGGACGUAUGCUGAGAGAUGGAAGCAUGAGCUGGGGACUGUCUGUGUUCAGAACUUGAGGAGAUACCUGGAGCAUGGGAAGGUGGCACUGAAAAGGAGAGUGCAGCCCGUGGUGCGAGUGUGGGGGAAGGAGGCCGACAGGAUCCUGACUUUGUCCUGCCGCGCUUAUGGCUUCUACCCGCGGCCCAUUGCCAUCAGCUGGAUGAAGGACGGCAUGGUCCGGGACCAGGAGACCCACUGGGGGGGCAUGGUGCCCAACAGUGAUGGCACCUACCACGCCUCGGCCACCAUCGAUGUGCUGCCGGAGGAUGGGGACAAGUACCGGUGCCGCGUGGAGCACGCCAGCCUGCCCCAGCCUGGCCUCUUCUCAUGGGGGCAGUCGGCGCCAUCGUGGCUGUCAUUGCUGCUGUCGUUGGAGUCGUGGUGUGGAAGAGCAAGUCAGGGAAGGAGAAGAAGGGUUAUGAAGCAGCGCCAGGCCACAAUAGAAAAUCCAGCAUCUCGACCACAGGUACAGUGUGAAACCGGGACUCAGGAGGGGUCCCUGCGGUUGGUGCGGUCCCAGUUCCCUGCGCUUCCCCGUUGGGCCCACAGCCGGGGCAAUACUGGGCCCAGCCCUCCCUGGAGAACCCCCACGGUGGUGAGUCGGGAUGGGGAUGUGGUCCCAUAUGACACCACCUCUUCUCACCUGCACAGGAAGUGAACUUCCCUUCUGAGUAAUGUGCCACUUCAGCCAGCCCUGCGUGUGUUUGGACUUUGUGGGUGGAGAAAGCCCUUCCCUGGGGGUGACCCACAAAAAUGUACAUGUGUUGAGCGGAGGUGGACCUCUGGGCAGAGCACACUUGAUCAAUCUGGGGAAGAUAUGACUCUGGGGAAGAUGGAAGCUCAAAACCAAUGAUUUCUAGUCAGGGAAAGAUCUCUGUGAAGAGCAGUUUGUCCAUGACUGCUACCGUGGGCACACAGCCUCUACUGACAAGGGAGGAAUUGCACACCUAAGGAGUGAAAUCCACUCCGUUAUAUACCUCGCGUCCGAUGGAUUCAUACCUCUCCAGGCACUCAUCGGUUGAGUACCUCAGGCUCACCAUCUUCCCAACACUAUUGCUACGUUACGUUUCCAUACAGUGUCUGAUAUUGAAUAGGCUUUGAGCCAAGCAUUCCACAUCCUCUCGUACCUCAGAUGGGUGCUGCUGAACAAGCUUUGAGCCAAUUGUGGUUGCCGCUUCUCACACCACCCAGCGGUGCAGAGCUUGCUGUCACUGUCCCAUGGUGUUAUUAAGAAGAAAAGCAUUGAGGGGAAUGAUGGCAGAAGGGAAAGAUGCAUGUUAAACUCCCAUAAAGCAAGGAAGCAAAAUGUGAGGGCUGCCAACGCACAUAACGGAACUCACCUUACCCGUGGAUCACCAUAGGCUAGGAAAAGUAAUCUGAUUGCCAGGCCAACUUUCAGAUUCCUUGGGUAAUUUGAGCCCGGCCAGUUACCUCAGCGUGUGCCAGUCUUUCACACAUGUAGUACGAUUACAAGCAAUAAACACAUCCAUGUGAGGAUUAAUCAGAUCGCAGCAGGGUGAAGCACAGAAUGAAAUACUCCUCUUGCUGUUGGUGACCAUCCAAGGAGCAUUUCCCACCAACGGUGUUCUCCAUCCUUCUUCACCCUUUCCAGGACUCGGUUUUUCUCUUUUUUAUCACGGUGAGCAGUAAUUAAAGGUUUUUUUGUCCGUUGUCUUGGAUGCGUUG